GAGUCGGAGCGACUCUUGUAAAGAUGGCGACGUCGAGGCACAGAGGAGUACAACCUGGACGCUUCGCCGCUAUUAAACGCCGCUGGUCCAGACACCGUGACAAUUGACACGGCGGCGGGAGCGAGAGUUAAUCGACCGGUUUGUCCGCGGCGGUGCGCUGUUUGGUGCUGCGUGGUGUCUCUGCGGGCCUGGUUGCUUUUGUUUUCGGUUAGUCGUUGCCUUGGACAGCUCAUUAGCUUCAAGUUGGAAAGCCAAUGCUAGCCCACGGUUAGCUGUGUAUCCCCAUCGGCUGCUGGGAUCUUUCUCUACGGCAUUCGUGGACCGAUAGCCCGACCAGUGUGAGCGCUGGACUGCGGGUACACACUUAAAGUUGUCUCUCUUUUUUUUUUCUUUUUCUUUUUCGGAAACAGCACCCAUGACUCAGUUGGAUUAAAAAAAGACUUUUAAGGAGGAACAAGGGACACCGACGGUCUGGCAUUGCGACACAGUUUGGAGUGAGUUUGCCGUCAUGUAUUUUCUAACCGGCUGGCCCCGGAGGCUGCUUUGUCCGCUCAGGAGUGAAGAAGAGCCCUUCCACAUCCAGCCCAGCUCCCAGAGGUUUUACUUCGCCGUGCUGUCGGAGACUCAGCUCAGCGUUUGGUUCAGUCGGCCCAGUGUUUUGAUAGUCAGCUAUAUCGAGUCUGCAAAGGCGGCGGCCCAGUUUGGCUUCUACCAGAAGGCAGAAUGGAAACCAGACGACUCCAUGAUAGCUGUGGCGACCGCCAAAGGCUAUAUCCUCUUGUUUGAUGUGCUGGGUGGAGGGGAUGACAAGUACCUCUAUGAGCCUGUCUAUCCAAGAGGAAGUACUCGUGUGAAAGUGACCCCAGGUUAUAAGGAGGAGCAAUGUGCUCCCGCUCUGUCUUUAGAGAUGAAAAAGCCUGUGGAUCUGGAGGCCCCCAUCACCAGCCUGCAGUCCCUCCAGGAGGAUUUAUUGGUGUGUACCGCAGAUGGCUACCUCCACGUGCUGCACUGGGACGGGCUAGGCAGCAACGGACGCAAGGCCAUCUGCCUCACUACAAUCCCCUUCUCGCUAGACCUGCAGUCUGCUCGAGGUGGUCCCUCCCUGGACCUGGAGGGAGUGUAUAUCCGUUGUAUGGAGUAUUGUGUGACCCUGGAUGGCUUUGCUGUGGUACUGAGUGACGGACGCCUGGGCUUUAUCACCCCGCUCAGCAACACCAUCACCGCAGAUCAGCUGCAGGGCGUCUGGGCAGCAGACGUGACUGAUGGCACCUGUGUGGCUGUCAACAACAAGUACAGAUUGAUGGCCUUUGGCUGUGCCAGCGGCUCAGUGCUGGUGUACAUGAUAGACACCACGACAGGAUCCAUGCAGCUCUCCCACAAACUGGAACUCACCCCAAAACACUACCCAGACAUCUAUAACAAGACGGGCCCAGUCAAGCUGAUCUGCUGGUCACCUGACUACAGCGUUGCCAUGGUUACAUGGGAGUGUGGUGGCCUAUCGCUGUGGAGUGUCUUCGGAGCUCACCUCAUCUGCACUCUGGGAGAGGACUUUGCGUAUCGUUCUGAUGGUACUAAGAAAGACCCCAUUAAAAUCAGCUCUAUGAGCUGGGGAGCAGAGGGCUACCACCUGUGGGUGCUCCCUAACAAACAGGAGAGGAGGAGGCAGGAGGAGCAGCAGCAGGACGAGGAGGAGGAGAUGGUCACACCUCCUCACUCCUCCCUGCAGGCUGGCAUACUGCAGUUCCACUUCAUCAAGAGUGCACUCACAGUCAACCCCUGCACGAGUAACCAGGAGCAGGUGUUGCUCCACGGUGAAGACCGCCUCUACCUGACCUGUGGUGACCCCACGCAAGUCAACAGCACCUCUGACACGCACCCGCACACACACAUACACCCACGUGACGGUAGCCCACUGCACCACCCCCCCAACCCCGACUCCUCUCUCUCUCAGGGACUCAGCACUUUACUGGGGCACAAGCACUGGCACGUGGUUCAGAUUCACAGCACAUACCUAGAGAGCAACUGGCCUAUACGGGAGCAGAACAUGACAGUGACAGGAGGUCUGGCUUGGUGGAACGACUUUGUGGUGGUAGCCUGUUACAAUUUUAUAGACCAGCAAGAGCAGUUGAGGCUCUAUCAACGCUCAACCAACCUGGACAAUGCCUUUGCAUCGGUCACUAAGCUGCACUCAGACACUCUGCUGCUCAACGUCUUCAGAGACAUGGUCAUCCUGUUCAGAGCUGACUGCUCCAUCUGCCUCUAUAGCAUAGAGAGGAGGAACGACAGUCCACACCCGACAGCCAGCGUAGAGUUGUUGCAGGAGGUGUCAAUGUCUCGCUACAUCCCUCACCCUGCCCUCGUGGUCUCUGUCACACUCACCUCUGUGCGCACAGAAACUGGCAUCACAUUGAAGGCGCCGCAGCAGGCCUGCAUGGCAGAGAGCAUCAUGUUGAAUCUGGCUGGCCAGUUGAUCAUGCUGCAGAGGGACCGUUCAGGGCCGCAGGUGCGAGAGAAGGAGACACCAGCCAACAACAAGAAGCUGCUACCAUUUUGUCCUCCGGUGGUGCUGGCCCAGUGUGUGGAGAAUGUGUGGACCACCUGUCGCUCCAACCGGAAGAAGCGCCACUUGCUGGAGGCCCUGUGGUUGUCCUGUGGCGAGGCAGGCAUGAAAGUAUGGCUGCCGCUGUUUCCCCGUGACCAUCGCAAGCCCCACUCCUUCCUCUCCAGACGCAUCAUGCUGCCCUUCCACAUCAACAUCUACCCUCUGGCUGUGCUGUUUGAGGAUGCCCUGGUACUGGGGGCAACCAAUGAGACCGUGCUGUAUGACGGCCUGCAGGGGUCCUCUGAACCACUAGAGGCGCUGUUCCCCUACUGCACUGUAGAGAGGACCUCCCAGAUCUACCUCCAUCACAUCCUGAGGCAGCUGCUGGUUCGCAACCUAGGUGAACAGGCUUUGAUGCUGGCUCAGUCAUGUGCCUCCCUCCCCUACUUCCCCCAUGUCAUGGAGCUGAUGGUGCAUGUCGUGCUGGAAGAAGAGGCGACAUCGCGGGAGCCCAUCCCAGACCCUCUGCUGCCCACCGUGGCCAAGUUCAUCACGGAAUUCCCCCUCUUCCUCCAGACCAUCGUCCACUGUGCCAGGAAGACAGAGUAUGCCCUGUGGAACUACCUGUUCGCCGCUGUGGGAAACCCCAAAGAUCUGUUUGAGGAGUGUCUCAUGGCUCAAGACCUGGACACAGCAGCCUCCUAUCUGAUUAUACUGCAGAACAUGGAGGUUCCAGCAGUGAGCAGACAGCACGCCACUCUACUCUUCAACACGGCGCUUGAACAGGGCAAGUGGGACCUCUGCCGGCACAUGAUCCGAUUCCUCAAAGCCAUCGGCUCUGGAGAGAUGGAAACUCCGCCCCCAACACCCACCACUCAGGAACCCAGCUCUACUGGGGGGUUUGAGUUCUUCAGAAAUCGCAGCAUCAGUUUGUCGCAGUCUGCAGACUCCAUCACUACGGGCAAGUUCAACCUACAGAAGACCUUCAGUAUGCCCUCAGGACCCUCUGUUAAAGGUCGGGAUGUGGAGUGUGCAGAGAACAUGUAUAUCGAUAUGAUGCUCUGGCGCCACGCCCGCCACCUCCUGGAGCAGGUACGCCUCCGAGACUUGGGAUGCUUCUCCGCGCAGCUGGGCUUCGAACUCAUCGGCUGGUUGUGUCGCGAACGAAACCGCGUGGCCCGCGUUGAUGAUUUUGUUUCGGCGUUGAAGAGGCUCCAUAAGGAUUUCCUCUGGCCCUUCCCUGUUAUCCCUGUGGGAAGCCUCAGCUCACCUCUGAAGAACGGACGGUGUCGCACAGUGCUGAGCACACGGCUGUUGAAGUCGCAGUCAGCUGACAGCCUGUUGAACAGCGACAUGGACACAGCACCCCCCCAGGCGACUGCCUCCAACCACACCUGGAUUGACGGGCUCGGACAGAGGGCCAAAGACAUGGACACGGCCUCGUCUGCUCACUCCAACCAACACUCGCCACAGACGCAUGAUGCGUUCCUGUCCCUGCUCACCAACAAAGUGGAAGAGUACAGCGUCGGCUCGGCCACGGACUUGACAGAGACCAGCUCGGUGGUGGAUGGUGAUUGGACGAUGGUUGACGAGAACUCCUCCACUCUGAGCCUGAGUCAGGCCGAGUUAGAGCACAUCUCCAUGGAGCUGGCCAACAAAGGCCCGCACAAGUCGCAGGUGCAGCUCAGGUAUCUCCUUCAUGUGUUCAUGGAGGCGGGCUGUCUGGAGUGGUGCGUAGUGAUCGGUUUGAUCCUGCGGGACGCCAACGUAAUAAAGCAGGUCAUCGGCUUCCUGGACAGCCCCGAGGUUCCCCAAGAAACUGUGCAGAGUGUCAGAAGCGGCUUAUUGGCUGUUGAGACAUGGGCCUCAAUUGACUGCUUGGGAUACAAACCAUUUCUCAACCUGAUCCAGCCGCAGCUGCAGCGGUUGAUGGAUUCAGCCGCCGGCGAGCAGGUGCAGCCCGAGGCCUUCCAGCCCUCCAGCCAGAGCUCCAAGCUCGGUGGCGCCGAAGGGCUGGGAGGCGCCGCAUUGCCGCGGCCGGAGGACAGCAGAGGGGUAGCGGCUCCGCUGGGCCUGGCCCUGCCCUCCCUCGAACCUGCAGGAGGUUUUUCCCGCCCCGCUUCUGAGGACUGUCCUCCUGAACAGACAGAGGAGCAGGGAGAGGAGGAGGGUGCCUACGACUGCACCUUGUCCUGAAGCCAGGAGCCUCCUCUGGACACUAACCUGUGAACUUUAGACCCUAGAGAGGAGACAGCAGCAGCAGCAGUGGCUUGAAGUAGACUUUUUGUGUGUGUGUGCCUGUGUGUGUGUGUGUGUGUGCGUGUGCGUGUGCGUGUACAGAAAGUACCUCUCCUGCAGGUUCUUACUUAAGUCAGUAUUAUCCACUCUUCAGAUUUGCCCUUUGUGUCGACUAGAACCCCUGUGGAUACUGAGCUAGCGACAGACAGCCCGACUGGCACAAAGACAUCGCAGCACAACCAGAGACAGGGUUCAGUCUGAUGGGUCCUUCUCUAACCGGCCUCAUUCUACCAAAAUGUGCUGUUAGACAAAAGGCCACUUAUGUCAGUUUAUACAUCAGGUUGUGGUGUUUGGAAGCUGUAGACCAGCAGAGGAAAGCACCAGGCUUUUUUUUUCUCCUUUUUUUUUUUUUACAUUUCAAGAUAAAUGUGUCUCUGUUGCUUUUCUUUGGCACUCCUUCAAGUGCAACUGGAGACUUUGAACAUUUUUUUUGUGUUGUUUUUUUUUUUUUCCCCGCUGUCCAGACAAAAAGCUCCAUUGUUUCUUUUGGUUGAAUGCAAACAGUGCAAGAAUCAGUUCAAAGAUUAAACACCUGCGUGUGAUCACAGCAUCAUGCUACGUCGCUAAGCAAAAUGUGGAACAAAGCUCUAGUCAUGAACCAUCGCCGAGAUUCUCUGAAGUGUGUCUGAGCCGACAGUAAGCGCGCAGGUCUGUUCGUGUGCACAAGAGGUGUUUCAUACUUUCAUACCUCAUAUGAUUUUAAGAUAUUUUGUGAUACCUUUUUCAAUAAUGUAACAGUGUACAAGAUAACAUUAUUUUUCUAUCAAUUACACCUUUGCCCUCUUGAGUCUCCCUGUAAAGAAAAAGACACUCACGGUAUGAAUUCUAUGUAAUUCUUGAGAAGUGACGACCUUAAGAUUUCUAAGAAAAUGAUCUCUGAGAAGAAUCCACUGUUGCGAGUGCAGACUAGUUUCUUACCACUGAUCAGUACCUCUGUUCAUGUAUUUUUCAUGGGACAACGCCCCCACCCCGACUUUACUGAAGUCCAGGCCCCACAAAUGUGUCCCGAGGGGAGCUUGAGCCAGAAUCAGCAGUCUGCUCUUGUCCGUGAGGUCCAGGUUUUAAACGUCAGUCCAGAUCGGCGGUGAGCAGAUUCAAGGUCCCGUAGUGCAGCGAGGGGCUCGGGCAAAAAACAGACGCUAUAAAUACCAAAUCAUGUGACGCUUUAUCCAGCUUUUUUAAACACACAUUUGGGUUUCAGUCUCCAUGUGGGAGAUUCAAAAUGUGUUUCCUAUCAUCAGCGAGGCAGAUCAUUUAAUAUUGUUAUUAAAGCCAUCCAGCUCUGUACAUUGUGUACCUGUUCCUUGUCAAAAGCGCAUUAUUUGGUAGUGUUAACAGUGACUCAGUCGCUACCAUUUUGAAGCGAGGAUGAGACACUGUCGCCGCCUCGGCUGCGGUUGUCUAAUGUGACCCUCAUCAUCUGAUAAGGACUUAUAUAUUUCGUCCAGUCCGAUAUGCAUAUCACAUCCCUGAACCGCUUGAGACAAUGAUUACCGAUUUCGCCACAUGCAUUUGUGUGCUCCUGUGUGGAUUUCUGAGUGCGUGUACCACAUUGUAUUGACAUGUUUGGUGACUUUCAUCACAUGCAAUUUGUUUUAAUUGUAUUAGUCCUCAAUAUUACUAUUAUUUAUUGGCAUUAUAGCUGAGUGGUAAUAACUGAAUUGAUGCUCGGUUUGUUUUUAUGACUGAUAAACAUUUCCCCCCCUUUAGUUAAUCAACGUUGUGUAUUGGCUCUCUACCACAAGCACUAAAAGUUUUAUCACAGAUAUGUCAGUAUUAUAUUGUGCAAUGUAUUGAAAUGUUACUCAGCUUUAUUUUUUUCUGCGCUUCUACUUCUUGUAUUUCCCCCCCCAGCUGUUUGCUUUUACUUUUCAUGAUAGACCAAAUCAUGUCAAGUCGGUGUGUACAGGAUGAGUUGGGUGCGUUAUCUGUUGAAAAAUUAAGACUCUUCAAAGUUGAAUUGCCUGUAUAGUUAGAACACUAUUCACAAAAAGGGCAAAAAUGACUACGCAGCACAGUGUUGCUGUCGCUGAUGUACUGUUGCCACUCAACAUAAAUCCUGUUGCACCCUCCACUCUGAACAAGCCUACAGCUACACUACGCUGCUGCGCUGUAAGCUUUACUUAACUUGAAAACGGUAACACGAUGAACCAAAGACUUUAUGUCCAGAGGCCUUCUGUUUUAACCGGUUGCUUCGACUGAGUGCUUGACUCAUUAUGCAGAGGGAAAAAAACCUCAAACACACACACACACACACACGUACCCCAUCCCUCUCAUCAGAAACGUAACCGUUGAUGCUCCAAACUAAUGCUGACAGCAUGUGAGACAAUUUCCUACGGAAAUGAAUAUUGCAGAUCUUUUCUGGGUUCCUUCUCUGCGGGCGAGGAGCGGUCGGUCAGGUGUGUCAGCGCCCCCCCUCCCUCCUGUGUACAGUUGUAAAAGUAUUGCCUGUUUCCUGUCCCGGAGUAAAGUUUUAUUUCUGGGGCGGGAGCAGCAAACAUCCUCAAUGCAGUGUAAAGAUACUCUCUUGUACAUUUGCCUUUUCUACUCAUGUUUGGUUUUCUACUUCAUUUUUUUUCCUUGUACAUAAAGACCAAUAAAUUAUUUUUAAAAAUG